AUGAUGACAGUGUUGAACGACAACCGAACAGGUGGUCUCUCUGCUGUGCAUGCGGAGCCGGGGGUCGGCAAGUCUGUCGCCACAGCACUGGCACUCCGGAAUUGCACACAGAAGUCCGCAGUCACGGUGUUGCUGCAGGGCAAGUUUGCUGGCAUCCUUGAAGAGUUCUUCCGGGUAUCGAGUGCGGAUCAAGCUCCGCGAGUUGCCAUGGAGCUGUUUCGUAUCAUGAAUCAGCACGGCAUUCGUUUACAGAUUGUCUUUGACAACACCUUUGAUACCGGACUGAUGGGAGAAGACCCGCUGCUGGGACAAAUCCCGCUGCUGAUGGAUCUCACGAGGCAUGCCUUUCAGUAUCGUCACCACCUCAUCGUGACCACGCAAUCCGAGGAAGCUGCCAGGGAGGCAGCCACUCUCAAUGGAGAGCGGACCCGAGCCGUGCAACAAGAGGAUGCCCGCACGUACAGAUGGCGAAACACGCAAGCGCGUGAUUUCCUCACGAACAAUCCAUUGAUGGAUUUCAGAGAGCAGACCGUUGAGGUGGUUCUGAACAUGACCCAAAUACCUGACACGUUUGGUGGCUGGAGGCCGGCGUCCAUCAUGGAGUAUUUGCGAACAGGCGCUAUUGCUGCAAUCGCCAGAGCCGUUUGGGUGAGGCAAUUGCAGCAGGACGACAGUGGUGGCUUUGACUUCGUCGGCAAUGCAUUUCAAGUCAAGGAUAAGGACAUGCAGAACAUAGACGAUCUAAAAGAAGCGAUCAAGAAGAAAGAAGAACUAGUCAUUGCGUCUUCCAAGAUAGAGAUUUAUAGCCAACAGGAUGGCAAAUGGAGCAAGGAAGACGAAGAAGCUUCCGUUGAACGUGGAGUCUCCAAGUCGGGCUGCUAUGGAUACCUCAUUCCGUAG